AUGGGGCCGUUCUUUCCAGCUGUAUGGAUCACGCUCGCUUCUGCCACGAUCAGUGCUUCACUCAACAUCCGCGUUCCCAACAUUGUUUCUGUCGAGGUUAACGGACCUAAAUACGAUUGCAGGUGCUCACCUGAAGAUGCCUGCUGGCCUGACAAGGCGGCAUGGGAUGGCCUGAAUGCAACAGUGAAUGGGAAUCUUCUACGGCACAUUCCACCAGCUGCCGUUUGCUACAAUGAGUUCAGAGGGAUUCCGACCUACAACAAGGCCGCCUGUGAUGAAGCCACAUCCAUGUGGAAGGACGAAAGAUGGCAAAUCUCCCGACCGGCCUCGGUCCUCUGGACUUGGGGAAGCAACAACACCUGCGAACUAACCACUGAUCCCUCCGCCAGUUGUACGAUGGGCUACUACCCCGAGUUUGUGAUCAUGGCCAAAACUAGGGACCACAUCAAAGCUGGGGUCGACUUUGCUAGAAGUCGCAACAUUCGGCUGGUCAUGAGAAACACUGGCCAUGACUUCGAGUCUAGGAGUGCAGGAGCAAGUUCGUUGGCAAUCAACACACAUAGCUUCAAGGACAUCAGCUUCACCGAUAAGUAUGAUGGACCUGGCGGGUACCGUGGGCCUACGAUCACUAUCGGAGCAGGCGUGCAAGGUUAUGAGGUUAUCGACGCAGCACAUGCACAGAAUCCUCCACGACUCGUCGUCACUGGCGAAUGUGCGACUGUUGGUGUGGCUGGCGGCUUCAUCCAAGGAGGCGGCCACGGCCCCUUGACCAGCUUGCACGGGUUCGCCGCCGACAACGCCCUCUCAUUCGAAGUCCUCACGGCCUCUGGCAAUUUCAUCACUGCCAACGCGAAAUCAAACCCUGAUCUCUUUUGGGCACUGAAGGGAGGUGGUCCAGGCACGUUUGCCGUGGUACUCUCAGUGACCAUGAAGACGUAUCUCGAUAACACACCGACUGCCGGGCUUUUCCUAAACGUCAAUGCCUCCACUGGGGCUACAUUCUCACAAGCUCAGCGUGCAGCGGGCAUUAUCAACGAGCACGCCAACUACAUGGUUGAUAACGGGCUCUACGCAAUCUAUGAGCUUUAUGCGCCAGCGAUAUCCGGAGCCCUUCACGUUCAACCCAUCAUGGGCUUCAACUUGACUGCGAAACAACUCAGGACCACUGUCGCGCCGCUAUUCAAAGCCCUUGACGAUGAAAAGAUUCCUUACAAUUCAGGGUUUCUUGAGUAUUCCGAUUUUUACAGUAUUUACCACGAUAUCUUCGAGCCAGAGCAAGCUGCCCAGAAUGGCCUGACAGGCGGAUGGGUAUUCACCCACAAAGACAUGAGGCCAGAGAACCAAGGUGCCGUGGCCGAUGCCAUUGCACUAGCCUUGUCUCCACGGUCAGAUAUGCUAGGCAUAGUCAUCGGUCACAUAUUUGACCCCGGACACACGAUGACCAAGUCGCAAAGCGCAACGCACCCCCGAUGGAGGGGCGCUACGAUCCGCUUCAUGUCCGUCCUUGUACAACCUCUCGAUGCGACCUGGAAACAGAAAUUGGAAUAUCAUGAUGUGAUGGCAAAUGUUAUCACAGAGAAGUACAAGCAAGCUGCACCCAAUGGGUUGGCCUACGUCAACGAGAACUAUGCCUUCAUGAACAACUGGCAGGAUGCUUUCUGGGGCGAGAACUACCCAAGACUAAAGGCAAUCAAGAAAUCGUGGGAUCCCCAAGGUGUCUUCUUUUCACCCUCCACGCCUGGUACGGAAGAUUGGCACAUCACAGAUUAUGCCCACAGACUUUGCAAGAAGCUGUAG